GAGAGAGACCAGACUCUCACUCUGACAGCAGUAAGAGUCCUUCAGGGGAACCAGACCCAGAGACUCCCAAACCAGUGAGACGCCACCACUGCUCCCAGUCUAAAAGAGCAUGAAAGGAAACACACAGGAGAAAAGCCCUUCCAAUGCUCCCAGUGUGGAAAGAGAUUCUCACGAUCACAUGACCUAAAAUCACAUGAGAGGACACACACUGGGGAAAAACCACACAAUUGCUCCCAGUGUGGAAAGCUUUUUUCCCAUUUAGGGAACCUGAACAAACAUAAGAGAAUACACUCUGGAGAGAAGCCUUACUCCUGUUCCCACUGUGGAAAGAAUUUUAGGUUGUCAGAUAACCUGAAGUCGCAUGAGAGGACACACACAGGGGAGAAACCUUACCAUUGCUCCCUGUGUGGAAAGGAUUUUACCAAGUUAGGGAACCUGAAAGAUCAUGAGAAGAAACACACAGGAGAAAAGCCUUACCACUGCUCCAAGUGUGGAAAGAGAUUUUCAACAUCAUCGGACCUAAUAAAGCAUGAGCGGACACAUACAGGGGAGAAAUCUUACCAUUGCUCACAGUGUGGAAUUAGUUUUUUACGAUCACAUGACCUAAAAUCACAUGAGAGGACGCACACAGGGGAAAAACCACACAGUUGCUCCCAGUGUGGAAAGUGUUUUUUGCAUUUAGGGAACCUUAACAAACAUAAGAAAAUACACUCUGGAGAGAAGCCUUACCCCUGUUCCCAUUGUGGAAAAUUAUUUAGGUUGUUAGAUAACAUGAAGGCGCAUGAGAGGACGCACACAGGGGAGAAACGUUACCAUUGCACCCUGUGUGGAAAGAGAUAUGCACGAUCAUAUGACCUAAAAUCACAUAAAAGGACCCACACAGGGGAAAAAACCACACAAUUACACACACAGGGGAAAAACCACACAAUUGCUCCCAGUGUGGAAAUAAUUUUACCCAGUUAGAGAACCUGUUGCCAUUGUGGAAAUAUAUUUUCAGGAUCACAUUACCUAAAUUCACAUCAAAUCAAGAUUUAUUUAUACAGCACAUUUCAAUCAAUGUGCUUUACAGAAGAAGAAAAAA